CAAGGGUUGGAACUUGGAAUCUAUUGAGCAAAAACAUUUAGAGAAGUAUGGGGUGGUUUGUGUCUGUUGUACUGAGUUUGUUGCUUUCUCAUUUUCCUUCAUGCCCGUCCUCAUUGGUGACAUUAUGCAACAAUGAUGAAGCCUCUGCCUUGCUUGGCUUCAAGACCUCAUUCAGUCUCGGUAGCCGAUGUGGAGAUGAUGGUGGUUAUCCAAAGACAGAAUCUUGGAAAAAUGGUACUGAUUGCUGUUUGUGGGAUGGGGUGAGUUGUGACACAAACUCAGGGCACGUCAUUGGCUUAGACCUCAGCAGAAGUUGCUUUCAUGGUCCAUUUUAUUCCAACAACACUCUCUUCAAACUCACUCACCUUCAAAAACUCAACCUUGCUCUCAAUAACUUUUCCUCUUCUCCAAUGCCUUCUGGGUUUGGUCAUCUUCUCGCUCUCACUCAUCUCAACUUAUCUAACGCUGCUUUUAGUGGUGUCAUUCCUUCCAAAAUUUCUCACCUCUCAAAAUUAGUUUCACUUGAUCUCUCACUCUCACUGUCAGAAAGUAGGAUGAGGGUUGAACCAGCAUUCCUGGAAAAACUCAUUGUAAAUGCAACUCAUUUAAGGGAGCUCACUCUUGAUGGCCUAGACAUGUCUUUGAUUAAACCAAGUUCUCUGUCUUUGUUGGUCAACUUUUCAUCCUCCUUGGUCUCUCUUGGACUUUCAAAUACCAUCUUGCAAGGGAAGUUACCAAAUGACAUAUUCUAUUUACCCAAUCUUCAACAACUUAAUUUGUCUUUGAAUUAUCUGGAAGGUGAGCUUCCACAGUUGAAUCGGAGCACUACUCUUAGACACUUGGAUCUCGGUGAUAAUGCUUUUUCAGGACAUAUUCAGUUUUUAUCUAAUCUCACGCAACUAAAACACUUGGACCUUGGUGCUAACAAAUUCAGUAAUAAUUUUGAUGGUGAGAUCCCCAAUUUGUUUGGCAAGCUAAGCAAAUUAGAACUUUUAGAUCUUACUGGAAACAACCUAGUGGGCCAAUUGCCAUCAUCGUCAUUUGAGCUCACUCAGAUUAGUUAUUUAAUCCUUUCAGGGAAUAAAUUAGUUGGACAAAUACCUGAUACAACCGGAGGACUUUCUAAAUUAGCUUAUCUGGAUUUGUCCGAUAACUUGUUGAAUGGAACAAUUCCGUCUUGGUGUUUUUCUUUGUCAUCGUUAGUUUACUUAAUCCUCGGUGGGAACCAGCUUACCGGCCCAAUUGGCGAAUUCUCUGGCUUUUCAUUGUCUUAUUGUGAUCUCUCUAAUAACAAGCUACAGGGUGGUAUCCCCAAGUCAAUAUUUUUUCACCAAAAUCUCUCUCAAUUGAUGCUAUCAUCAAAUAACCUGAGUGGGCUUGUAGAUCUUAGGAAUUUUUCAAAUCUUCAGGUGCUACGAUCCCCUGCAAGUCGCAAUUAUCUUAUUUUAGAUCUUUCCAAGAACCAAAUUCACGGAAGGAUUCCAGAAGGAUUUAAUCAUAUGGCGGAUACUUUGGAUUAUUUGGAUCUUUCUCAUAACCUGCUAACAUCGGUUGGGAAUCUCUCACUCUCGAGUAAGAAUAUGUAUUACAUUGACCUAAGCUUCAAUAUGUUGGAAGGAGAUAUUCCUGUUCCCCCAUCUACCGUUCAAUUCUUUUCUAUCUCAAACAAUAAAUUGACUGGAGACAUCUCUUCAUCUCUUUGCAACGCAAGCUCCCUCGUGACACUCAUCUUGUCUCACAACAACUUGACAGGCAAACUUCCAAAAUGCGUUGGAAACUUGAGUAAUCUUAUAGUUUUGGAUCUGCAGAGGAACAACCUUCGUGGAAUCAUACCCAGAAGCUAUCUUGAGAUAGAAACAUUGGAAACUUUUAAUUUUAAUGGCAAUCAAUUGGAGGGACCAUUACCUCGGCAUGUGAUCAAAUGCAAACAACUAAGAGUUCUGGACCUUGGACACAAUAACAUACAGGAUACAUUUCCAAGUUGGUUAGAGUCACUUCAAGAGCUUCGAGUCCUUGUUUUACGUGCUAAUAGGUUCAAUGGUACCAUCAAUUGUUUCCAAUCCAAGAACGAUACAUUUUCCAAGCUGACGGUUUUUGACAUCUCCAACAAUAAUUUUCGAGGCAACUUGCCUGUAGCUUUAUUCAAAAACUUCAAGGGAAUGAUGAUCAAUGUCCAUAGUGUUUUGCAGUAUAUACGUCCUACUUAUUAUGGGUACAAUGAUUCAAUUGAGGUCACA